GUGUGUUCCACCUUAUAAAUGGCAUCCAUGUUAUAGAGACCAAGUAGAUUACUUUUACAUCCCAAGGGAGACACUUUUUCCACCUCUGUCUGUAGCAGAAAAAAAGGAAGAGUCAAAAUGAAGCUGCUGGUGUUCAUGACGUGCCUGCUGGUCACUGCUUUGGCUGCCCCUGUUCCAGAUAGUGACAGCAAUGAGCAGGUUGCGGCGCAUGCUAAUGAGGCCCUCAGGUGGAUGGAGAUGUACAGGCUGUACCAGCAGCAGGGAGUAGUUGGAAAUCCCUUCCUCCCUGCUGCUGAUGCUCCUGCUGAUCCAGCAGCAGCAGUGGUGGAGGCAGCUCCAGACGUAGCCCCUGCAGCUCCUGUGGCUGUUAGCGAUGCAUCAGAAGAGGAGCUAGAGGAAGGGAACCCUGGCCCCAAAGCUGCAGCCCCUGCAGUCCCCCUGAACUCUGAUGAGGUGGAGGAGGCCGAAGAGGUGGAGGCAGCUGAGGCUGAGCCAGCUGUGGUUGAAGUGGCACCAGAAGAGCCAGCAGCAGACCCUGCAGCUGCUAUCGAGCCAGCUGUGGUCGAUGUCCCGGUUGAUGCUGCUCCAGUCGAUGCCGCUGCUCCUGUUGAUGCCGUUGCUCCUGUUGAUGCUGCUGCAGUUGAUGCUGCUGCCGUGGAUGCUGCUGCCGUGGAUGCUGCUGCCAUGGAUGCUGCUGCUGUGGAUGUGCCACCUGUUGAUGUUGUUGCUGUUGAUGUUGCCCCAGCUGCCCCAGAGGUGGCCGUUGAUGCUGCCGCAGCCGAUGUCCCUGCCGCCGUUGAUGCUGCAGCGGAAGUCGUUGUGUAGUCACCUUCCCUUAAUCACCCUCCUGAGUGCUCUUUUGUUUAGCAGCUGAAAAUAUGGCAGCGGGCGCUGUAUGUGCACCAACGAUGGAUGGAAAAGUUGUGGCGUGAUGAGAAGAAAGCAAAACAUUAUGUAAAAUGUGAAAAUGUCAAAUGUCAAAACAAGUAAAGUGUUUUGUUUUUUUUACCCAGAAUUGAACAUUUAAAGCUUUCUUUGUGAUAUUUUUUUCUGUUUUGAUUAAAAUACUUUUUGCAAUACUGUA